UGUUGUGGUUGGGAUUCCUGUGUCCAGAAGAAUUUCAAGAUGGCAGACAGAGAGAAACCUACUGUUUUGGURACAGGUUUUGGACCAUUUGGUCCACACAARGUAAAUUCAAGUAUGGUGGCAGUUAAGGGACUUGUUGAAUCGGAUAUAACUAAUCUCAUUGACUUAGUCACAGAGGAAUUGCCCGUAAUAUAUGAAUAUGUUCAAAAUGAGGUGCCAAACUUGUGGAAAAAGCAUAAACCCAAGUUAUGCAUUCAUGUUGGAGUGCAUGGAUUAACAGACAAAGUUUUACUUGAAACAUGUGCACAUAAUGACGGAUACCAAUGCAAACCAGACAUUAAUUUCAAAGUAAACAGCACAGACCACUGUGUACAAGGUGCCCCAGAAUUACUACAUACCCCAAUUGAUCUAAAAACUAUACAUAAAAAGGCAAAAGAAAAAGGAGUUCCUUGUGAAAUAGCUUUAUCAGAUGAUCCUGGGAGAUAUUUAUGUGAUUUUACAUACUUCACAUCACUUCACCAUGGUGACAGUCCCACUGUAUUUAUUCACCUACCACCAAUCCAAGGACCAUACACAUGCGAAGAAAUGGCAGAGACAUUAAAAAUAAUAAUCCUCUUAAUUUUAGAACAGAUUCAAUUAUUGUGAUAAUAACUACAAUUUAAUGCAUCAAAUACACCGACAGGGUUGGAUCUAUGGGAGGGGUUAUAGGGGUUGCCCUAAAACAGUGCGAAAAUGUGAUUGUGACUAUAUUUUGGAUGAAUAUUUGGAAACUAGGCCUAUUUSAGAACAUUAAUUAAAACUGCUUCUCGUUUAGUGUUUAACAAUAAUAAUAUUUGUGAAAAUGUUCAAGUAUAUAUAAUUUGCCCAUGAUAUUGCCAAAUCUCUACCAACUUAAAACCAUAACCCCUUUUUSAAAAACUCCUUUAUCCACCCUGAAUGUGUCAGCUUUUKCUGCCUUUAACUCAACAUAAUUUAACAGCAAAAUAGUUCACUGGCAAUCUAGUAUCACAACUUGUAYCAUAUCGUGGAAGUCAAAUCUAAAUCAGCUAGCAGACUUUUACAUGUAGUUGUAAAUAUAAAUAAUUAAUAAAUUUUGAACGAUUUUUUUUGAAACAUCUAAAAUAUGAAAUUAUUUGUAGGUGGUUUUCUAUCCAUUUGGGAGACAAAAUAACUGAUUCUCGUUCCAAGGAGAGAACACCUUUUGUGUAAUCCCUCGAACAGCUUCUCCUUGUCAGACUUCCUUGUGGCAGGGACAGGAAAUCAGACAAAGUGAGGUGAUGAUUGAAGACUUCAAAUUAAGCUACUGYGACAUCACACUUACAAAGGGUCUACAUUUUGAAUCUAAUACCMUUUCUAAACAAACAAUUAGCUCUAGAAAUCCUGUUAGAAAUUCACUAAAAUGUCAAUAGUCAAUAAAAGAGCUUUGAAAUAAAACAGUUUAUGUUA